AUGUUGUUGGUAGUCGAGAGGCGCGUAAAUACUCAUCGGGUAUAAACUCGAUGCUACUUCAUGAGUUAUCUUUUAAAAUUUAUGAGAGGUCAAAAUUUUAGGCGGAAUGACUUAAUAGCCUUGAAACUUCGCAAAACUGUAGACUAACACAACUAAUCUAUUUUACAACUAAGCUUGAAGUGAUGCUCUUAUCUUACCUUAUUCAAACAAACUCAAUGGGGCUUUUUACUUGCAUAAAGUGGUGAGAACCGGUAGGUAUUUGUAGUCACAUUUUGGAAUUUUAUAUUAAUAUUAAGAUGUAAUUUGCCUGCUUAUUAUGUUAGCCUUCAAUUAUGCCGUAUUCGCACUUGACAUAUUUUUAUAGAAUUACUGAGUAAAAUUGAUGGACUUUGUUUCUAAUGUGCGCAUAAAUGGUGGUUAUUAGCUCCUACAAAAUUUAAAAAUCUGGCUAUUUUCACCGCUACUGCUUGUUGCUUGACUCAGCGUAGGCGGCAGCCCUAAGCAAUAUAAAUGCAUACAUAUAUUAUCAAAGAAUUUCCCCUGCAGCUUUGAAGGCGAGAAGCACGAAAGUCACGACAUUUAUUGUCUCUAGCAUGCAACUCUGACGAGUAAAAUGAUGCAACUUCGGUAUUCAUGAACAAGUAGUUUUCUUUGUUUUCCCGUCAUCCCAAGUCAGCCAGCAUCACCAUUUUGUUAAAAAGUGAACCUCUGAAAAUACCUCCCUUUUUAAAGACCUGACAUCUGAUGCCUCUAAUUCUUGUACACCUUUUUUCCCCCAAGGCCGCGUGUGGAUUGCUGGUAAUUGCAUUUUGAGAAAAAUUGAAUCAUUCAUAAGCGGUCUUGUUUCGUACCACAAAAGUGACCGGGAGCAAUGUUUAUGCCAUCCACCGUAAUAGUUUUUUUUUUGUUAAUGCACCCCGUUUUUUCCCAUUUCAACUCGACAGAGGCAAAUUAAGUGCCUUAUUUUCGACAUUCUAUUCGCAUGCAUGUGUGGAUAAUUGCGUUUUUUUUUUUAAUCAGAAGACACAAAUAAGCAAGUCAUCGCAGAAUAUAGAAAUUGAGAUGAGUUUCGUUUCCCCUUUUCACUCUAGAACGGUCAAUCAAAUCUAUAAUUUGCGUCUGACCUCCAGUGCCGCUUAA